AUGAUUGAUAACUGGCAACCUGGAACCCAGUACUAUGACGGUUCAAGGGUCCUUUAUGAAGGUGUCCAGUACAAGAUCAUUCAGCCUCACCGAUCUCAGAGUGACUGGACUCCGCCCGUGACACCUGCCCUAUGGGGACGCAUGGAAGAUGGCGAUUGCCACCGCAGCCCCCAUCAUGAGCAAUCUGGUCAGUGGGGCGGAGACUGCAAGUCCGAACCGUACACUCCAUCAUACGACCAACCUCCUCCUCAGCAGCAGCAGCAGCAGCAGCAACAAGAACAACAACAACCUUACCAUGCCCCUCAAGGCGGCAUCCAAUCGACUCAUGGGCAGAGUCAGACGAGCUGGUUCAACAUUGACGACAAAAGGAAGAAAGAGCUCGAGAUCGGAGGGGGCAUCCUGGCCGGUGUCGGUGCCCUUGCUGCUGGCGUUUUUGCCCACAAUCAACACAGCAAGAAAGAGGAGGAGAAAAAGGCGCAAGCCUGGUCGCGAGGCAACUGGCUCCGUGAUGCAGAGCAACGUACCCAGGCUUUCCGAAGCGGAAAUUACUCCUAUCCAGUAGCAUGGGUCCUCAAUCAGGGCAAGAAUAUCCCAUCGAAUGCUAUCGAAGGUGGAUUUGAGCGCGGCGCGCCUUUGUAUAUCUGCCGUGCUUUCUGCGAGGCAAGUCUGACAGCCUUUGUUACUGCCGUGCGAUGGGUUAACGUUUCCGGCCAAUUCAACUUGGCAGCUCUCAAUGGACUUCGGCCUGUUGAAGGUGGCCGGGAGCCUGGAGGUGCUCCUCAGUACAUUGCCCAAGCUCCUUACCAUGGAGCCGUGCACCCAGGGAAGGCGUGCGAGUCGUUCGGCGAUGGUUGCUUCAUCCCUUACGACUCCACAGAGAAGAAGGUCAAGGAGUACGCGGUGCUUUGCUACAACUGA